CGUCGAGGUCCGCUUACUUUUCUCGGUCCUUGGCGGACUACACGGGGGGAGUGACGGCGGAUUUGAAUGUCGACGAGCCUCCUCCGCGCUCCGUAGAACGCGACGUACUUAACCGCCGGACGGUCGCCGACCACGGUCGGUGUUCAAGCCUGCGAUCCGAGAAACAUGCCUGUCCCCGCCGGAUACCUCAGCGGCUCCCCAGCCGGGGCCUCCGCGUCCUCGGCCUCGCUUAUCCCCCUGCCGCCCAUCAACACCCGGCAGCCCGGCGUCGUCACCUCGCUGCUGUACAGCGGAUCCAAGUUCCGAGGCCACCAGAAGAGCAAAGGGAAUUCGUACGAUGUGGAGGUGGUUCUGCAGCAUGUCACCAUGGAGGAUUCCUACUUAUGUGGCUACCUGAAGAUAAAAGGCCUGACAGAGGAGUACCCGACUCUGACCACGUUCUUCGCAGGAGAGAUUAUCAGCAGGAAGCGACCCUUCCUGACCCGCAAAUGGGACGCAGACGAAGAUGUGGAUCGAAAACAUUGGGGCAAGUUCCAGGCCUUUUAUCAGUAUGCGAAGAUGUUCAACUGCGAUGACUUUGACUACGAGGAACUGAAGAACUCCGACUACAUCUUCAUGAGGUGGAAGGAGCAGUUCCUCGUCCCUGACCACACCAUCAAAGACAUCAGCGGAGCCUCCUUUGCUGGAUUUUAUUAUAUCUGCUUCCAGAAAUCCACAGCAACUAUCGAGGGCUACUACUACCACCGGAGCUCUGAAUGGUACCAGUCUCUCAAUCUCACCCACGUUCCUGAGCACAGCGCUGCCAUCUAUGAGUUCCGGUGACUUCCAGCCUUCCGGUGGUCCUCGCUGUCGGACGCAAACGGACUUGAGAGGCAGAGGAGGCUGCAGACGCUACUGACUGGGAUGAGGGUGGGCUGGGGAAGGGUCCGGGCUUCGGACCUCCGUGGGAAAUGGAACUGUUGCAUUUUUUUUCUUUUGAGGACAGAGGACAGAAGAAAGAGGGGACAGUCUGCUGGUGGAUCGAAGGAUGCAGGAUUGACGAGAGCAAAGACGAGCGAUGGAGGUUUGGAUGAUUAUUGUCCAGCGGGGAACGUAAGAACUGAUUCGUUUGUGUUCGGACGGGAGGACGGAAAUGACCGGCGUGUCCCCUGAGUGGAGUUUCCAAAAGCUUAAAACCAACAGCAGUGUGACCGGGCUGGGCUUCUGCUGUGUUCUCCUUUUAAUGUUCAUGUGUUUAUGCUCUCGCUCUUCAUCCGCGCUCUUUGGCACAGUUUGUGGUGACACUUUAUAAUGCAGGCCGGGUAUUUCCUGCCUCGUUUUGCCGAUUGGGGUUUUCUGCUGACCUGGUGUGGUUAGCGGUGAACGAGAAGCAUCAGCAUGUCGGACUGCUGUUGGAGCAGAACUUCACCAAGGAUUCUGCUGUUUCAGGCAAAGCCCAACAAAGAGAACCAAUCAGAAAACAAGACACCGUCUUCAGAGUCCGAUUCGACGAUUUGAGCCUUUCGGGAUGAACGACGGGACUUUAAUGACUUCAUAACAACAGUAUUUUUGGGAGCGUUUCCACGCCUGCGAAAAGGAGAUUUGGCUUCUUUCCUCGGAGCGACGGACACUAAAAAGGACUUGCAGGGCCGCACAGUGAAGGAGCAAAGCGAUCUUUUAGUCGAUAGAUUGUGAGAGAGGUUCCGGUUGCGAGUGGUUGCUGUGGAUCCUGUGUUAUUCAGCUGCAUUUGCACAGAGACGGGUGAUAUGUUACUCAUGCUUACAGCGGGCGUUGGCUGCAGACAGCCCCCGGCGUCUCACAGGUGGCUGGUUGAGUUUGAUCCCACAGAGAUUUUUCUAGUAUUUGCCCGUCUGGUGUGUCAGAUGGGCUCCCAGAGACCCAGAACAAUCACAUUAAAGUAUUUGAGAGAUUUUUAAGUAGUGUUGUCGACCCAGGAGCUGCACCUGACGUGAAUCACAAGAGGUUUCCCCCCGCCUGCCGUUGGACAUGCCGUUCCAGCCCCCUCCCCUGUGUUACGUCCCAUCAACUAUGCAACACUGUCAGCGUAGCACUCCCCAGACACCAGUGUUGGGUUUUCACAAACAAGAUUUUAUUCUAUCCUUAUAGUAUCCUAGAGAGAGAAAAAUCUAUCUCCUUUUACAGAAGAUAUUUUUGUCAAAUUGCCUUUGAAAGGACCCCGCCCUGCAAUCACGACCCUUUCCAUGUGAUGGUGCCAUCGUUUGAAAGAACAGAAAUGUAUUCUAUCAGCUCAAAAGUGUGUGUGUGUGUAUACACGUUUGUGUAUGUGUGUGUGUACAUACCAAUGGUGUAUGUAUGUGUGUCUGUGUGUGUGAGUGAGUGAACACUGCUGUUUCGACUGAUGCUGUGGUUCUGAGGAAUGGAUUAAAAAGUCAUACUGAAA